CUGCUCUAGGGUUCGCCGCCCCCCGCCGCCCUGCUCCACUGUUGCCCGUCCCUCCGCCUGCCUCGCCCCCCUCCGCUACACUCACCCCUGCCCGAUCUGGAUCUGGAUGAGGCGUUGCCUCCAGUUCCUCUCAUCGCGUCCCUUGUGCCAGCCAUGGAAGAGGGGAGGAAGAAGGGGAGGGAGAGCAAGGAGGAGGAGGAGGAAGAAGAAGAAGAAGCUUCUCUGUAGAAUCAGCCGAUCGAGCGGGGCUCUUGAUCUUGGCUAGCGAGAAUGCGGCAGAUCUCGUCGAUGCUGCAGGACCUGGCCCGUUCCAUGUCUCUGGGAAAGGAGAGGAAGGUGGAGGAGGAGCACCAGGGGACGGUGCUGCGGUCGUCGGGGACGCUCUGGGGCGAGGGCUCCGAGACGUUCGCCGCCGCGUGCUCCCGCCGCGGCGAGAAGGGCACCAACCAGGACACCUCCAUCGUAUGGGAGGAUACGGGUGCCAGGACGACACCAUCUUCUGCGGCGUCUUCGACGGGCACGGCCAGUGGGGCCACUACGUCGCCAAGGCCGUCCGGGAGUCGCUGCCGCAGUCGCUUCUGUGCCGCUGGCAGGAGGCCGUCGCGCUGGCGUCGCUCAUCGACGGCGAGAAGAGGAUCAGCGACUGCCAGUUCGACCUCCUGAGGCAGUCCUACCUGGACGUUGCCGCCGCCGUGGACAAGGAGCUCUGCCGGAGCCGGCGCCUCGACGCCGUCAACAGCGGCUGCACGGCUCUGUCCAUCGUGAAGCAGGGCGACCUGGUGGUGGUCGCGAACGUCGGCGACUCGCGGGCCGUCCUUGCGACAACAUCGGACGACGGGGACGUCACGGCCGUCCAGCUCACCGUCGACUUCAAGCCCGACUUACCCCAGGAGAAGGCGCGCAUCAUGCAGUGCGAGGGCCGCGUGCACUGCCUCGACGACGAGCCCGGCGUGCACCGGGUGUGGGUGCCCCACCGGGAGGCGCCGGGGCUGGCCAUGUCGCGCGCGUCCGGCGACUACUGCGUCAAGGACCACGGCGUCAUCUCGGCGCCGGAGGUGACGCAGAGGAGGAUCACCGCCCGGGACCAGUUCGUCAUCCUGGCCAUGGCCACCGACGGGGUGUAUUUGAAGGUUGCCAGUUUAGGUGGGCCAAACAACCAGUGCGCUGAGGUCAAAAUAAGCAUGACACCAGUUUGAUUCUUUUAGGGGUCACCUACAUGGUGAAAGAUGCUCAGGCACACAUCAUUGUUGGGUUUUCCCAUUUCAUGUCAUACUUGGUCUGUAACUGAAUCUUGAGAAUUCAUUUGUAUGACUUGAUGUACAAACGUGUUAUUCAUAAUGAAAAUAAUAUCAUUGUAUGUGC